AGGAAAUGGAGAAGUGAGUACAGGAGUGAGUGAAAUGUGUGAGUGAGAAGGGAUCUAGGUAAAUUGAGAGAGGAUAGGCAUCAACACAGAUGAGUGGAGGAUAAAAGAGUGAUGGAAUGAAGUCGCAAGAGGGAAAUAUGUAGAUGUAGCUGAAAAUAUGUAGAGAGAGCUACCUGGCAUAAAUUAAGAGACAGACUAACGGAAUAAAGUGUAGACAGAGAUACAAAAAAGCUAUCAUGUGGUUAAUAGUGUGGAAGGAAGCUGUAAUUACACAGACAUAUCAGUACAUUGCAUUGGCAAGGUUUGCAGAAAUGCUGUGAAUGAUAUUUAAUCUUAAGAAGUCUGAGGGUUAUUCGUGAAAAUAGGACAAGCCAAGAGAACGCAAAUAAUACAGCAGAUAGCACUGCAGCCUCACAGCACCAGGAUUCAAUUGCAGCCUCAGGUGACUGUGUGGGUUUCCUCCGGGUGCUCUGGUUUCAUCCCAUAGUCCAAAGAUGUGCAAGUUCGGUGGAUUGACCAUGCUAAAUUGCCAAUAGUGCCUGGGGUGGGAAAUGCAGGCAUAGAGUUGGGGGUGGGUCUGGAUGGGAUGCUCUUCAGAGAGUUGGUGUGGGCUUGAUGGGCAGAAUGGCUUGCUUCCAUACUGUAGGGAUUUUAUGGAUAGAAUAAUGAGUAAUGUUGAGGAACAGGGACACAAACCUGGGGAUCUUGAAUAAAGAGGAGGCAUUGGAUAUGAUGUGUUUGAAUUUCCAGAAGGCAUUGAAUAAGUAGGUAUGUCUGACUGAGUGUCAUCGAGAUGGAUGAGACAUUGCUUGCUGUUCCACCUGCAUCGUCUCUCAUCAUUCAAUCUAAGACUCACAAAGAUACUGUUUUAACUAACUUUGAAGAACAAAGAAAAAGAAACUUCUUGUGUGACAUUACUUUAAUUGCUGAGGAUGUUCACUUCAAAGCACACAAAGCACUGCUUGCUGCCAGCAGUGAAUAUUUCUCUCUGAUGUUUGCUGAUGAAAGCCAGCAGGAUCAAGCUAUCUACAUGCUCAAUGGAAUGGCUGCAGAUACCUUCAGUGCUGUGCUGGAAUUCAUAUACACUGGUCGCCUGAAUGUCACUGAAAAGUCAAUUGAACAUAUUGUGACAACUGCAGAGAUUCUGAAAGUGAAUGAUUUAAUCAAAGCAUACUCAGACUAUCAGGACAACAAUUUACAUGUUAAGGUAUCACUGGCUUCCAAUGGAAUUAAAGUGGUAGUUGUGGAUCCCAAUGUUGAUAAUGAUCAACCCUCGAAGCCAAAGCGCAAAAGGGGAAGACCCCGGAAAUGUGAACAGCUGCAAACAGAAAGGACUGAAGUUGAUGGUGGGAUUCCAACUGACCCACAAGAACAUGCAAGCACAUUGGAAGAACCUACAGAGGAAUCUCACUGUAGAACUAGCAGUAAGGUGAUCAGUGAAGGGACACAAAGCUAUAAGGUGUCAGAACCAGAAACCUGUUUUGAUGCUGAUGCAGCUUCUCAGGCAGAAGGUAAUGAACGCAAAUUAGCAGCGGUGAGUCGUAGCCGCUAUAGCAACCGUAGAAUUCAGAGGCCUAUUAAGUUAAUGGGGUACAAGCUUGGCACAGUAGAGGAGGAACAGGAGGAAGUGAAGAAGCGAGGGAGGAAGAGAAAGUAUCCAGAUGUGGAGGCUAGAUGUGAAGACUGUGACAAAGUGUUUAAAAAUCACCACUUCUUGUCCAUACAUCGAAGGACACACACAGGUGAACGUCCUUUUAAGUGUUUUGAAUGUGGUAAAGGAUUUUCACAGAAGCACACGCUGCAGGUUCAUGAGCGAAUGCACACAGGGGAGCGUCCUUAUCACUGCACAGUUUGUGGGAAGGCAUUGACCACCAAGCAUUCUCUGUUGGAGCACAUGAGUCUGCACACAGGAAAGAAAGCUUUUAAUUGUGACCAGUGUGGGAAGUUUUUUACUCAGAGGAGACAACUGAAGAGCCAUUACAGAGUCCAUACAGGUCAAUCCAUGCCUGAAUGUGUGCACUGUCAUCGUAAAUUCAUGGAUGCUGCUCAGCUGAAGAAACAUAUGAGAACACACACAGGUGAGAAACCAUUUACAUGUGAAAUUUGUGGUAAAUGUUUUACUGCAAAGAAUACCCUGCAGACCCACAUCAGAAUCCACAGGGGAGAAAAACCCUUUAUCUGCACUAUCUGUGGAAAAUCUUUUGCUGAUCCAAGUGCUAAAAGACGUCAUGACGCCAUGCACACAGGAAACAAGCCAUUUGUAUGUCCAACUUGUCAUCAGCGAUUCACUCGAGCUGACAACCUUAGGUCUCAUAUGAAGAUUCACAGCAAGGAGAGGAAAAACAGUGAGAUCAUUAAUGUUCCAGGUGAUGGGGAUACAGAAGAAGUGAAGACUAUCUUGCAACUGCAGCAGUACCAGCUUCCUACUGUAGGUGAACAACAGAUACAGCUGGUGGUGACAAAUGAUGUUCACAAUAUUAAUUUCAUGCCCAACCAUGGUCAGAGCAUUAGUAUUAUCUCAGCAGAGGGAUCACAGAGUCUACCUGACGACCAGGCUUCAAAUUUGGCUCUGCUGACUCAGCAAGGAGAACACAUGCAGAAUCUGACUCUGGUAGCUCAGCCUGGCCAAACAGACAACAUUCCAGCCAUUAGCAUGGUGGAAAACCAGCAAUGUCCCGGCCAGCCAGAGCAUAUGCAUGUGAUCACAUUGACAAAAGAGGCAAUGGAGCACCUUCAGGGUCAAGCUCAACAACUGCAGAUGGCAGAGGGGAGAUCGCAACCUAUUAGUCUUGAGCAGGGGUCCACACAGCCACUUCAUUUGAACCAGGAAGCAACUCAGCAGCUGCAACACGUUCGAUCGGCACACGUUUCUGAACCGUCAACUCAAACAAUCUCUGUGAACCAAUCUUCACAGCAAAUGCAAGGAGAACAACUUGCAGAUCAAACAUUCCAAUUGCAGGCGGACAAUGUUUCUUACCUCUACACUACUAAUUUAGUCACACAGAGCUAGAAAAAUCAAAAAGUGUAGUUGGAACUAUUUGCUGAAAAUGGGCUAAUGAUUAUGUAACUAAGAGGUUAUCAUAUAAUCUGUGAUCUUUACAGUGACAGGUUAUAUUUAAAAUAGCAUUCUAUUGGUCUAUUUUAAGAAUUCAUUUUAAGGUUGAUUUAUUCCAAAUUAUCUUCUCUUCUUUUACUUCUUUAAAGAUUUCCCAUUUUCAAUCUUGCACAAUAUCAUGGUGGAUUUUCUUUCCCUUCCACUCUGGUGGAAGGGAGUUUUGAAAUAAGUUACAUGCUCUUGAAACCUAAGUUGACGGUUAGUACGCAUGUUUAACUUCAUUUUUAAACAAGUUUAUUGGAAAUCAUUCUUCACGAUUUGUCAGGUCAACAAAAAAAAAUGUAAAAACACCCAAAUAGUUCUGAAGAGGUUCAUAUUUUAUGUAUCUGUUUUCUGCUGUGCCUUUUCAUAAUCGACCUUAAACGUGAAUGUUUUACUGCAAAAUUUUUUCUUUACAAUUCUCCUCCUACUUGCUGCUGUCCUUUAUAAUGUUUUUUAAUCGUGUCAAUAUAGAUUUUUUUAAAUAUCAGAAUUCUCAUCAACUUAUUAUUAAAACUCAUUAUGUCUAAAUGAUUCACAUCACAGAAUACAAAGUAUUUGUACGACUAUGUGGCUAACUUUUGUUUGAAAAGAUGAACAUUUAAAAGAUACUCCAUCACAAGCUCAGGAAUAACAUAGUUAAAAGUAUUUUCCUUUGCAACUUCAAGAUAUAUUUUGUGACACAGUACCUCAAUUUGCAUUUUUCUGCUCUCUGUUUUCAGGUUUCAGUUUCUGAUAAUGUGGAUAGAAUUAAAACUACAGUGUGUUUUGUUUUGAA